UAGUGAACCCAGAUAGUGGAUGGAUGCAACUCCACGUCAUCUCAUCAUGUUCAUCCAUUUGGAUUCUUCUCUCUCUCUCUCUAAGCUGAUUACUACCAGAUUAACAACCUUGUAUUUCCACUGUCCUAGAUUUUCCUUCACAUAAUCUUCUUCACUUGCACUCUUGUUCUGCUUCUCCAUCUCACUGUCUCCUUUCCUUAACUUCUUCAGAAGCACUUAGGAAAAUGUCCCUUUGUUAUCCUUCCAAUUUGAUCACACUCCACUCACCCAAGCAUCAAAGCCUUUCCUUCACUUUCUCUUCAGAGUCUUCUCACUUCAUCAAGCUACUCAAGGUAAGCUCAACUCCUCACAAACCCAUUAAGUUUAGCAGAGAAACAUUGAAACUUUCUGCCUCUCUCACACCAUCUCAAGCUGUUAACACCACCCCAUCUUCAUACAGAAACAAGAAUCCAAAAGAUGUUAAUGUCUUGGUGGUGGGUUCAACUGGGUAUAUAGGAAAAUUUGUGGUGACAGAGUUGGUUAAAAGAGGAUUUAAUGUUAUAGCAGUUGCUAGGGAGAAGAGUGGUACUAAGGGUAGCAAUGACAAGGAUGCAACAUUGUCUCAGUUAAGAGGGGCCAAUGUGUGUUUCUCAGAUGUGACCAAUUUGGAUAAUUUGGAAGAGUCUUUGAAUAGUUUAGGUGUUUCCUUUGAUGUGGUUGUGUCAUGCCUUGCUAGUAGGAAUGGAGGGGUGAAGGACUCAUGGAAGAUUGAUUAUGAGGCAACAAAGAAUAGUCUUGUUGCUGGUAGGAAGCGUGGUGCUUCUCAUUUUGUGUUGCUUUCAGCAAUUUGUGUGCAGAAGCCCCUUCUCGAGUUUCAGCGCGCAAAGCUGAAGUUCGAGGAGGAGCUGAUGAAGGAAGCUGAAGAGGAUGAGGGGUUCAGUUAUAGCAUAGUGAGACCAACUGCAUUUUUCAAGAGUUUAGGUGGUCAGGUUGAGUUGGUGAAGGAUGGGAAGCCUUAUGUGAUGUUUGGAGAUGGGAGGCUUUGUGCUUGUAAACCCAUAAGUGAGCCAGAUUUGGCUUCUUUUAUUGUGGAUUGUGUGCUGAGUGAGGACAAAAUUAAUAAGGUUUUACCAAUUGGAGGGCCAGGGAAGGCAUUGACUCCAUUGGAACAAGGGGAAAUGUUGUUUAAGCUUGUGGGGAAGAAGCCUAAUUUCUUGAAAGUUCCAAUUGGGAUAAUGGAUUUUGCCAUUGGGGUGCUUGACAACCUUGUGAAGGUGUUUCCUUCACUGGAAGAUGCUGCUGAGUUCGGGAAAAUUGGAAGGUACUAUGCUGUGGAAAGCAUGUUGAUUUUGGACCCCGAGACUGGAGAGUAUAGUGCGGAGAAGACACCUAGCUAUGGAAAUGAUACAUUGGAAGACUUUUUUGCAAGGGUGCUCAGGGAGGGGAUGGCUGGUCAGGAGCUAGGUGAGCAAAUAAUGUUUUGAAAUGGUUGUGGUUAAUUAAGUAUGAACCUGAUAAUAGAUCCAAUAGAGCAACCAGUUUUUUUGAUGUAAAUUCAUGUAUUCAACCAGAGUCAUUGUAAUGUAGCAUUUACAAGUUCAAGCAUUGUUGAAAGAAAUUCAAGUCUUUGGAAAUGCAUUACUGAAGGUUCAUUCUUCAAUUGCAUAGCCCUAGCACUAAAUUCCUCUGUUAAUAUAUUGCAUACUGGCAGUAAGUUUGAUGUUCAAGAAUCAAGUUCAUUUCUGUUCUGAGAA